CCUCAAGCGUAAAUCAGCAGGACUUCCUUUCUGAAUUUUCUUCCUCAGAGAUAAUGGAAGCUACCGACAGUUUCAAUCCAUCCUUGAAGAUUGAUGCGGGAGAGUAUGGGAGCACUUAUAAAGGCUUUCUUUGUCACAUCCCAGUGACCAUAAAGAUGUUCUUUGAAGGAUCCUCACAGUACCAUCAAGAGGUCCAAACAGCAAGUAAGCGAAGACAUCCGAAUUUGGUUAACCUCAUUGGAGUCUGCACUGACGAUUGGAUGCUUAUCUAUGAGUAUCUCCCUGGCGGUAGCCUUGAAGACCAACUCUGCUGCACAGGCAACGCUGAGCCUCUAUCAUGGCAAACUCGUGUGUGCAUUUGUACAGAAACAUGUGCUGCAUUAAUUUUUCUACAUUACCACGGUGGCAUAGCACAUGGUGACCUGAAAGCAGGAAAUAUUCUUCUCAAUGCCAACUUCAUGCCGAAACUAAUAAAAUCUGGACUCUCCCACGCCAACGGCGGGGAACGAUCUUUUGGCUCGGAUGUUUAUUCAUUUGGUCUUAUAAUAUUGCAGUUAUUGAUUGGGAAAUCGGCCUUGAAACUAAAAGAGAUGGUGCAUGACUCAUUUAUUCUAGAGAACUUGAAGGGCAUAAUGGAUUUUACAGCAGGGCACUGGCCACUUGAGCAAGCCAGAGAGCUGGCUCACAUGGCAUUGAGGUGCUGUGACAUAAAUCGCAGCAACCGGCCCGAUCUCAAGUUCGAAGUGUGGCCGGUGCUCGAGCAUAUGCGAAUUCUUAGUGAAGGUUCAUCAUCCAAUUCGUCAGGUCCUAAAGAGCCUAGUGAACCUCCUCCAUAUUUCAUUUGUCCAAUCAACCAGGAAAUUAUGCAAAAUCCCCAUGUAGCAGCAGAUGGUUUCACCUAUGAGGCAGAUGCAAUAAGGUGUUGGUUUUCUAGUGGCCACAAUACUUCACCUAUGACGAAUCUCCGGCUUGCGAACCUUGAUCUCCUCCCGAAUAUGAGUCUGCGAUCUGCUAUUCAAGAUUGGUUGCAAGACCAUUGA